UUGCAGUAAAGUAACCAUAACCACUAAACAUAGCCAACUCAACUAAAGAAAGCAACGACUUUCCUAACUUGCUUCUUCUUUUAAGAUCCAUUACUCACUCUAACUUCUGGAUUUUCAUCUACAGUAACAGCAAUCACAGUGAGUAACAAUGGCAGCUUCUUCAAGAUUCCCUCUAAUUCUCUCAUUAUUUCUCUUCUUCACCGUCAUUUUAGUUCAGUCUGACGAGGAGGAUACACUUUUUGUAGCCAUCAACCACUACAGGACAUCCUUGAAUUUGACUACCCUUACAAAGAAUGAAAAUGCAGAAUGCCUUGCUGAUGAACUAGCUGACCAAUUUAAAAAUCAGCCUUGCACAAACACCACAGGCUCUAACACUGUCCCCGGAACUGAGCAGCAAUUCCCAAACUACGAAAGUCUCUUAGCUGAAUGUCAUUUGAAUGUGUCCAACACAAGGGACGGACAGGUCUUGCCAGCUUGUGUUCCUAAUUUGGAUCCGACCCUCGUACGCACUAACUUCACCGACAGUCUGUACUCGGGCUACCUCAACGAUUCUAAGUUUACAGGAGCUGGAAUUGGUUCAGACGGUAACUGGAUUGUAGUUGUUCUGACGACAAAUGCACCAGAGGGAAGCUACAUGACUUACAAUGCAGCAACGAAGAUGGGUUUCGUCUCUUACUUGCUCCUUUUGUUGGGGAUGCUUCUUCUUCUUGUAAACUAAGCGGGUGUUUACCCUAUGCUCAUCUUACUAUUUUCAGGGAGAUAAAAAAAACUGACACUUGCUUCCUUUAAGCAAACUAUAUUCUUCACUGCUAGACUGUAAUGUUUUUGUUUACCCUGUUUCCUUUUAAGACAUGGAAAAAAUAUUUUUGACA